AUGGCACCUGGCAAUCUAAUGACACUUAACAGCUCGGACUUUUAUACUAUUGCUUGGAUCGCUGCGCUUCCCAUCGAAAGAGCAGCGGCAGAAGCAAUGCUCGACGAGGAACACGGACGACCAGAAGGAUUUUCUCAACAUCCAAACGAUACAAACGCAUACACUUGGGGCUGCAUAGGAGAACACAAUAUCGUGAUUGCUUCUCUACCGGCUGGUGCUUACGGUCUUGGGGCAGCUGCCACUACUGCUUCAAGCCUGUCCUCUUCCUUGCCUGCCAUCCGGAUUGGUCUUCUUGUUGGCAUCGGUGGUGGCAUUGCUCGACCUGACGAAGACCAUGAUAUACGUUUGGGAGACGUGGUAGUGAGCCAGCCUGAUGGGACGACGGGUGGAGUAUGCCAGUACGACCUGGUCAAGGCGAAGCCCGGAAAUAGUCGUGAGCGGAAGGGCUUUCUGGCGCCACCCCCAAGCGUUCUACUUCACGCCAUUGCAAGCAUCCAGGCAGCUCACGAGCGCAAGGAUUCCGAAAUUUCCCACUUUGUACAAGACAUGCUGAAAGCAAACCCUAAGAUGUCCAAGAAGAGCAAGAAGAGCCCCGGCUAUAUUCACCAAGGGUUUGAGAACGACCGUUUAUUCCCGUCAUAUUAUGACCAUGUCACUGGUCUAGAUUGUCUCAGUUGCGAAACAGCUGUAGAGGUCAAACGGGAAAGAAGAGAGUCGACAGAUCCCGAGAUACAUUAUGGCAUUAUUGCGUCUGGCAAUACACUGGUGAAAGAAGCCAUUACCCGAGAUCAAAUCAUUGCCGAUGUCGGAGAGGACUGUAUCUGCUUUGAAAUGGAAGCUGCGGGUUUGAUGAAUCAUUUCCCUUGCCUUGUUAUACGUGGUAUUUGCGACUACGCAGACUCUCACAAGAAUGAUCGCUGGCAGCGCUACGCCUCGGCGACUGCUGCUGCUUAUGCCAAAGAGCUUCUAGCCUACGUUCCACCUGGAGAGAUUCAAGAAGCCAAGUCGGUGGUGGAAAUACUUGAGUCAGUCAAUGAGAAAAUCAGCACCACGCAGCAGACGGCUCAAUGUGUGAAAGCUAAGGUCGAAACUCUUAUGCUCAGCUCUCAUGCCCAGAAGAUACGACAAUGGCUUUCCGCCCCGGACCCGAAAACGAACGCGAACCACGCUAGAGAGCUUCGGCAUGAUGGUACCGGCGCGUGGCUUUUGGAGAGCACAGCAUUCAAGAAUUGGUAUGCUGGGAAUGACAGACAUUUGUGGCUCCGUGGAAUUCCCGGAUGUGGAAAGACCGUCCUAAGCACGAGAGUCCUUGAUCACCUCGCUAAGGACAUCGACCGGAUCAUUCUAAGCUUCUUCUUCGACUUUAGUGAUACGAUCAAACAGACAAAACAUGGGCUAUUGCGAUCUCUUGCCUUCCAAUUAUAUCAUGGGGGGCACGACUCAGAAGGACAUCUCGACAAUUCGUUUCGAGAGCAUAAAGUCGGGGACGAGAAGCCAACUACAACUACCCUUGAAGGAGUUGUGGGAGUCAUGUUAGCAGCGCAGUCAAAAGUUGCGAUUGUUCUUGACGCCUUGGAUGAAUCGACUGAGAGAGGAGAAAUAGUCUCGUGGCUUGAAGCCGUGUUUUCUAAUACCAAACUUGAACACGUCCAGAUCAUCUAUACAAGUCGAGAAGAGGUCGAGUUCACACGCAGGAUCCCCGAGCUCAUUGGAGACAAGUGUUGUCUUUCUCUCGACGGGGCAGCAAUUGAUACGGAUAUACGAUCGUACGCAAUGGCAAGGCUUCAGAGUGAUCAUGAAUUCACCAGAAAAAGGCUUUCUGAGAGUCUUCUGGGGCGCAUUCACAAUAAAGUUGGAAACGGGGCAAAUGGAAUGUUUAGGUGGGCCGCCUGCCAACUUGAUAGGCUGGCAAAAUGCCUUAGUCCCAAGGAGAUUGUGACAGCGCUCGACGGAUUGCCAGAAACUCUGGAAGAGACGUAUAGUCGUUUGAUACAGAGCAUACCGCAGAACUACUGGCAGAGCGCUCUGCUGCUUUUGCAGUUCAUUGUUUAUGCGGAGCGGCCGAUGACUCUCAAAGAGGCCGUUGAAAUUGUGGCUACAAAUGUUGAAGAUCAGCGACCACAUUUCGACGUUAGCUGCAGGGUGUUUGACGACAAUGACAUCCUUAGUCACUGUCCCAGCUUGGUUUCUGUGAUUGACGUCCACGAUGACGGGGAUGUCACACAAGAACUGCAUCUCGCACACUUUUCAGUUAAAGAGUAUCUUUUGCUUCGCGAAGACUUCCACCACAUGAAUGCAAGCAUAGCCAUCACAACAUCAUGCCUGGUUUAUCUACGCGACAUUGAAGGCCACAGAUGGAGACUCAAGAAGGAUUUCCCGCUAGCAACAUACGCCGCGCAGUGUUUGAUGAACUUUGCAGCUGUCGCUGAAGUGUCCGAAAAUGUUGCAACACUCAUCGUCACCUUCUUACAAUCCGAGAAGACUUUCCAACGAUGGAACUUCCUGUAUGAAGCAGAUUUGGAGUGGGUGAGCUAUUUAGACAUCCCUAAGGGAUCGAGAUUGUACUAUGCAUGCAUUGCUGGGCUUCUCAAGGUUGCGACGUCAAUGAUUAACGCGGGACUAGACGUUAAUGCGCAGCAAGGGGGAAUUCACGGUAACCCACUACAAGCAGCCUCUUAUCACGGUCAUUUGGAUAUUGUCCAGCUUCUCCUGGACAACGAGGCAGAUGUGAACGCUCAAGGUGGAAAGUGUGGAAACGCUCUACAAGCUGCGUCCCUCAACGGCCAUCUGGGCAUUGUAGAAUUACUCCUCGAUAAGAACGCGAGCAUGGAUUCCCAGUCUGGAACACACGGGAAUGCAUUACAGGCUGCUAGUUGUGGAGGUCAUCUCCAAAUUGUGCAGCUACUCCUUGAGAACGACGCAGACGUAGCUGCCCGAGGUGGAUGCUACGGGAACGCACUCCAUGCGGCCUCUGCGAACGGCCAUUCGGAUAUCGUCGGACUGCUCCUAAGCAAGCACACAAGUUCAAAUGUCCAAGGUCGAAUUUACGACGACGCUCUCACGGCAGCUGUUCGCCAGGGACACAUCAGAAUCGUCGAGAAGCUACUCGAGAGUAAUGCAGACCCCAGCACACCAGCAAGCUACAACGAAAUGGCGAUUGAAGUCGCAUGUUCCAAUGGCCAUUUCAAUAUUGCCCAACUACUUCUCGAAGGAGUCCAUGAUUUGGAACCCCAAAAUGGCUUUUAUACAGGCGCAUUGCGCGCUGCGUGUGCACGUGGCCGUCAGGACAUGGUACAACUCUUAUUCGAUAAGAGUGCUGAUAUCUAUGCGCACGAAAAUAUCAUUGGUAGCUUGCUCCAAUCGGCAUCUAUCGGCGGAAAUGAAAAUAUUGUCAAGAUUCUGGUCAAUCUCGGAGUGGAUGUUAAUGCCACCUGCGACCCAUACGGCUGCGCUCUGCAGGCUGCCUGUUGGCAUGGUCGUGAGGAGGUUGUAAUGAUGCUACUCGAUCACGGGGCAGAUGUCAACGCUCCGGGCGGUUACUAUGACAGUCCUCUCCAUGCUUCAAUCAUAAAUGGCAACGAAAAUAUUAUCAAUAACUUGAAAAGAUUUGGGGCCAAUGUCAGCGUGGUUGCGGAAAACUACAGCAAAAUACUCGCCGAGGCAUGUGAAUAUGGAAAAGCGCAUGUCGUCAAAUGUCUAUCCGAAAUAGGGGCCGAUAUUGGACACGACAGGAAGAUUGAUGAAUAUCUACAGACCGCAUGCUUUUUCGGUCACAGCGAAAUUGUCAAGUCGCUAGUGGGCGUUGGCGCAAAUGUCAACGCUCAGGGCGGUCUCUACGGCAGUGCUCUACAAGCCGCAUGUCAGAAUGACAACAAAGAAAUCAUAGAGUUACUCGUUGAACUGGGCGCAGAUAUCAACAAUGGGAGUGACUUUGGCAGCGCUCUUCACAAUGCAGCUUGCUAUGGCAACGAAAGUCUCAUUGAGAUGCUAAUCGACCUUCUUGGUGCAGACGUCAAUGCACGCGGCUCGGGAUCGGUAGGUGCGACCAACGCCCUCCUAGCUGCGUCAUACGUAGGGCACAGCAAUGUUGUCCGGAUACUUCUCGACAAGGGGGCUGAGGUUUCUCCCAGGGACGAGGAUGGGAGAACACCACUCUUCGCCGCAGCCCUUGGUGGACAUGUUGAAGUUGCUGCGCUCCUCAUCGAAGCCAAAGCCGAUAUCAACAGUAAUGCAUAUGACGUUGCAUGGACACCUAUCAUUGCGGCAAGCUUUAAUGGCCAUGUUGACGUUGUGGAACUGCUGCUCGAGAAUGGGGCCAACAUCUUGGAUACGGACAGUUGA